UUUAUUCCUCCCAAAAAACAUGCACUCAAGACCGACUUUAUUUUACGGUAAUUUCAUGGUACGAAGGAUAUAAAAAUUCCCCUCACACCCCUUCGCCGACGGAAAAGAAGUGGGGGAUAUCCCGCACUCUCCGAGGGGAUGGAUUUCAUUGAACGGUUGGGAACACGCCAGUGCUGCCACACCGGUGGAAUAUUUCUCCAGUGAUUCCCUACCUUCCUGGGGUGUCCAACAGAGAGGGAAGAAGGACUCUCAUGUUGCUCCAGGUCUCCCUCCGCCGCGGAAAAAAGAGAGGGAAUGAGUGAGUGAAGCCAGUGGUUUUGGUUGCCUCGUCUACUCGCUGCGGCAAAUCUGCAGGUCCAGUGCUGUCACGUUGUUCCUUUGUUUCACCCGACUUUAACAUCAGUUUUCAAAACACAAUUCCCGGUAUUUCAUCUCUCAAUAAUCACCAUAUCCAUUGAUAUCAGUUGAUAAUUUACCCCAAUAAAUUAGGGAGAAAUUUCAAUGACAAAAAUAGUGAUAUCGAGUGGACAAAUAUGGGGCGCUGCACCCGGCCUGGAUUAGGGUGUCAGUCGCGCGUCCUCCGAUGAAUUUGGCCCACAGAGAAGAGCUAUUUCUCCGCAUAAAAUUGUGAUUUUGAGUUUCAAGAUAAUUCUUACCAUCAACAAAAUGGAGUUUAUCGAUUGCCGUGGGAAUUUCGUGAUUUUGCCGAGGGAUAUUCGGAGUAAUUAUCGACAUUUCCGGGGGGUUGAUACGGGGGAGAUGGGACGAGUGAACGAAUUUGUGGGGGAAUUUUUUUAUCAGUGAUUAUUACCAGGACAAAUACGAGGGGGAGAGUGAUUAGAAUACGGACGGAAGAGAAAACUGUUGAUUGAAUUUUUUUUUGUACAAUUUCAUUUGAUACUUUGACCAAUGGAUGGAGGUGGACCAUUGUGCGGGAUUGGCGCAUUGGAGACUGAGGAUCCAUGCGUGAGGACCGAGAGGAAGUUAAUAAAAUGGUUAGAAAUGUGAAAUGCGAUACUUCAGUGGAAAAAGUUGAAUUUUUCGUUGAUGAACUCCGAUAAUGACGGCUGGAUUGAGGAUGGUACAAUGAAAGCACGGAUUAAACUGCGAGCUGAUGUUGAUGAGGGUCUGAAAGAGAGAGAGAAGACUGUGGGAUUCAUCAAACACACUGGGCACAAUUAAAGUUUGGUGUUAUGUUAGAGUCAGUAGUUCAUCGUCUCCGAGGGCGUCAUUUGCUCGCCCUCCUGCUGAUAAUAUCCGCCCAAAUUUUCCUGAUACACUCAGCAGCCUUUCCAGACUGGACAGAUUGUCCCGCAGUAUGUCGUUGUCGUUGGACAUCAGGAAAAAAAUCGGCAUUCUGUCCAGAUGCGGGUCUCACCUCCCUCCCAGCCUCCCUCGAUCCGGAGAUGCAGGUGCUCGACCUCUCCGGUAACCAAAUACCCGCAUUGCAAGCCGAGAUAUUCAAGCGGGCUGGCCUCGUAAACCUUCAAAAGGUUUUCCUCCGCAAUGCUGGCAUCCAUGAGAUUCAUCCAGACGCCUUCAGAGAUAUGAGAAUUCUCGUGGAAGUUGAUCUCUCCGACAACCACGUGACAAGCCUCGAACCAAACACCUUUCUUGGUAACGAGAGACUACGAAUCUUGACCCUAUCCGGAAAUCCAUUGAAAAGAUUGAAAUCCCGACAAUUUCCGGAGCUCGGACACUUGAGAAAUCUCGAGUUACAGCGAUGUGGAUUAACAGAAAUCCAUGGAUUAGCUUUCACCGGUUUAACAGGCCUCGAAUCUCUAAAACUGGAUAACAAUCAGCUCUUGUAUCUCGAGUCAAGAACGCUAUCAGUCCUCCCAAGCCUGAAGACCUUGACACUGGACCACAACAAGUGGUCCUGCGAUUGCAGACUCAAGUCCUUCCGCAGUUGGUUGAUUCCCGAGACCCCUCGCAAGCUCUACUCAGUCUCCCAAAUCUGCAGCGGUCCCCCCCGGCUCCAAAAGCGCCGCUGGGAAGACACAAAACCAACGGAGUUCGCUUGCUCACCAGAAGUCCAACUCUUCGCCAGCAAAGUCCAGGAGGAGGUGAAUGGAAACUUGAGUCUCUCCUGCUCAGUCUCCGGUGAUCCAGAGCCCGAGCUCUGGUGGUUGUUCAAUGGCUCACCCAUAAACCUCACUCGUCCCGACAACCCAACCAGCAGCAUCAUCGUCACAUCCAACUCCAAUUUUUACAGAUCUUCCGAGAGCGAUGUUCCCAGAAAAUGGAGCAACAUUACGAUCUACAAUACAAGUGACUCCGACGCUGGCGAGUAUUCCUGUCACGCGAAAAAUCUAGCUGGUGCUGACCACGAAACUGUCAACAUUGUGGUACCAAGAGUACUCACUGCCCCAACUCUAUCCCAAACGGACAAUUGGUUGUUAUGGGUCAGUUUAGCUGGUGGUGGAGCUGUCGCACUGUGUGCGUUCAUCCUGGCAGUUCUUCUGACCGUCUGCCUGUGCGGCAACUCGAGAAGACGAAGCAGAAGGGAAAAAGUCAAGCUGCAGGGAAGCACCAGCUUCGGCGAUCAGGAGAAAAAGUUGUUGGAUCUGUCUGUCACAACGACAACCCCAAACACCAAUGACAGGGGCAGUGGUCAGGGUAGCCUUGCUGACACUUCCUGCAGCCCUGGAGACCUUGAACUUGCUGAAAGAGCUUCCAUAUGUGAUGCUGCCACUGUCACAGUCGAGAGACUGAGACCUGACUGCGGCAUUCAGACUGUCAGAACUGUUAACUGUCCAGCUGGCUUCCUACCACCACCACCCGAAUUCACCGGUGGGGGUGUCCUUCCUUCCGGAAUAUUCGGUAAUAUAUUCAUAUCGGUGUCAAUGCCACAGGAUGCUGAGAGGUGUUAUCCUGAUUUGCUGGACAUUCCGGUUCAUGCACCGGCGAUCAUUGAUAAGUGUCAUGUUUCGAGUGCAUUGCCAACUGGAUCAAUUAUAUCCAGUUUUGCUACUUUACCGAGGAGAACUCUCAGGGCGGAUAGUGGCUCACAGUAUGAUAACAUGGGGCCACGUGUCACAGCUACUGGUAGCUCGACAUUCUCAUUGACCGAUGAUUUGAGGCUGUCGCCACCACCACCACCGCCGUGUUUUAUUAAACCACCGAUUGAAUUUGUCUCGUUGUAAGGAGCGGAAGUGAUUAUGGAGGUCCUUGUGUGUUUGCUACUGUAUGGGGUUUAUAAGUAUUUGAAACGAGACUCUAUGUGGGUGUGAAUAUCACAUGAAAUUGGAGAAUCCUGUGUACGAGAAUGAAGAACAAGGUUGAUAAAAGGCACACGUGGAGCUUCCAAUCAACUUUGCCCCGUGAAUUCAUUUAAAAAUUUAAUUUUCAUAGUCAUAUCGUUCAAACAUAUGAAUUUUCGUUCAAUGGAUAUUUUCCCCAAGUAUAAGAUAUGCCAUGAUAAGGAAGACCUCUGGGUGAAAUGGGUUUACAGGAUUCUUCAAUGCGUGAUUAUUGUGAAUCUGGUGGGUUGUGUGGAUGUAUGUCUUCCUCAGUCGCAAGGAAUAUUUUGUUGUUAUUGAGGAGUGAAUGGGUAAUUAACGGUGUCCAGUGGAAUAAUGUCAAGAGAUUGAAAGGAACAUCUGGAAGUGCGGGAGGGAAAAUAUCGAGGAUAGGAGAUUUUGGGAAAACACAGCAGGAGAAUAUUUCAUAAAUCAUGUGCCAAUUUUUUUCAGAAUUACAUUGAGGAAAAAAUGAAAAUUAUAUUCAGCAAAUUUCGACGAUAUCGGUCCAAUAAAAAAGUUAUCAAUUCAUUCAUUAAAAAAAUUUCCUGUGAGAAAUUACUGAUGUAAGAAGACACAGAAAAAGACCCGACAACCCCCGUCACUCAUCAAUUUACAACAACAAAUAUUUCAGUGCGAAGUAGUCCCUUUAAUUAGAUCAAUCUACUGAUAAAUUUCAUCAUAUUGUAAAUAUUUCAUGGAUUAAAAAAUACCUUUCUUCGUACUCUCACGUAUUGCAAAAAAGAGAAAACAUUAAUAAUACAAUUUAAAGUAUAAUAUUAAGGUUACCAGCAGAGAUAAAUUUGUGAGGUAAUUUUAGAUAAAUCAUCGGAACAAUUAAUAAUUUAAUUACUGGUUUUUUCCAAUGUAUCUUGUUCCAUCUCCUUCAUCUCACCCUUAUCCUCUUCCCUAUCCGUCAGAGCACAUACUCACAGAAAACACACGAGGUGUAUCAUUAGUUUGUUAACACUACCUAUGUAAAUA